AUGGAUCUAUCAUCGUCUGUUUUUAACAACUAUGAUAUAGAAGUUGCAAAAAGGAGUGUAAAACACGAUGCAGGGCUAUUUUUAACUAUGUAUUUUCUUCCAGUUACUUUAGUAAUUAUUGUGCAAAGUCCUCCUGAUUUAAUCUUUACCGCCAUAACUUGGUACUUUCCCUACCUCAUUUCAGCCAUUUUAGGAUUCCUUGCCUCAUCAAACGAAAUGUCUUAUACAAACUGCUAUUCUUGCUACCUGAAAUGCACGCUUAUCCUUGUCAUAAUAAAUAUUAUUUGGGCAAUUAUAUAUUUUUUUGCUGUACUUGGAAAUUGUAAAAGGAAUUGUGAGGAUCCAGUUGUAGGCUCACUUAUUGGUUUAGCGUAUGCAGGCUCAGUGUUUGCUUUAUGGGUUUUCGCAAAUAAGCAUGCAAAUAUUAAGAAGGGCCCAAUAUUUCCAGGGCCCAGGCAGGACAGUAAUAUUAGCAACUAA